AUGUUAAGUAAGAUUAUCAAAUCAAAAAUUGCAUUAGCAUUAGUUCUGUUUACACUUACAAGAGCAGAAAUCAAUGAUGAUCAAGUGUCUACUACUGUUGGGCUACACUUAAACGACAAAGUGAAUGAGAUUGAUGUACCAACACUGCUAGCCACCCAGAAAAAAGAGCAAGAAAAGGCAGAAAAUCUCGCAAAUGAUCUUGCACAGAAGCAAGACGGCAAGUCUGGAAAAAAAAGAAAAAACCGGCAAUCUAGAAAAGAGCCAAGAAUAAAAAGCGAAAAAUCUGCAAAUAAUGAAGUAAUUUCUCCUUUUAUUGGUGAUUAUCCAGAAUAUGAAGAGGAAAUUAAUUACAACAAGGGUCUCACUGGAGUAAAAACAAGAUAUGAAGGUAAUGGAGGAAACGGAGCACUAGAUACUAUUCGAGAAGAAGAUGAAGAAGAGCACACACCAGUAACUAGUAAACCAACCAUGAGCCAUGAAGAAAUAGAUAAAGCGAUGGCAGAAGAAAGAGAAGCAGAAAUAGCCGGGUGGAAUGCAAUAGAAAACAGAGAACCACAGUCUAAUGCAGAGAAAAGCCACACACCAGUAACCAGUAAACCAACUAUGAUUCAUGAAGAAAUAGAUAAAGCGAUGGCAGAAGAAAGAGAAGCAGAAAUAGCUGGAUGGAAUGCAAUAGAAAAUCAAGCAGCAGGAGGGCCUAUUACAGCUACUCCAGACGGCUUAGAAGGACCUACUCAAAGCUUUGCAGAUGCAAUGCAUGAGCAAAGUACUGGUGCACACAAAGAACAGAAUAAUAAUGAUUUAUUCGAAG